AUGCUUCCCACGCCCGACACAUCACAUGUUUCGUAUUCGCGGGUGUACGAACCCGCCGAGGAUUCCUUCCUGCUCCUCGACACCAUCUCAUCGUCCAGCGAGACAGCUUUUCUGAAGCAGCAAUUUGGGGUAUCCAACAGCACAACAACCAGCAUAACAACACCACUGGUAGUCGAAGUCGGCCCCGGCUCGGGCGUGGUGAUCGGCUUUGUGAACGCACACGCCCAUACCAUCUUCGGAACCAGCAUCCUCACAGCCGGUGUCGAUGUCAACAGGUUCGCGUGCAGCGCUACGGAGGCGACGGUCAGGAAGGCGGCGGCGGCGACGGCCGAGACCCCAGACACGCGGGGCCAUUUCCUAGGUGCGCUGAGCGGAGACCUACUGAGUCCACUGAGGAGCGGGCUGGUGGACGUGCUGAUAUUCAACCCGCCAUAUGUGCCGACAGAGGAGGUGCCGGUGCAGGACGAGCGGCUGGCUGUGGGGGGAGAGGGCGAGGGCGAGGCCGCGCUGACCUCCAGCGCCAGGUUUGACAGGGACUCAUACCUGCUGUCGCUGUCGUACGCCGGAGGCAAGGAUGGGAUGGAGAUCACAGACCGGCUCAUCGAUGCUCUGCCAGAGGCACUGUCAGCGCGUGGGAUCGCGUACAUAUUGCUUUGCGCGGGGAACAAGCCCGACGAGGUCAAGACGAGGAUCCAAGAGUUCGGGCCUGAGUGGCGCGUGUUGACGGUGGGUGACAGCGGUAAGCAGGCUGGCUGGGAGAAGCUACAGAUCAUCAGGGUAUGGAGAGAUGACUCUUGGAGGAUAUCAUCAUGA